GCCCGCACCUUAGUGUGCCCAGGGCCGGGUGGGUCCAGAGCCGGGUUCGGGACCUCCUCAGAAAGGGGAGGGAUCCCGAGAGCGCGGGCAGCGUCAGCGCUCGGCUAGGGGUCUCUGUGAAGUAGAGAUUGGGGGCGUUGGGCUGGGGCGCAGAAGGGUCGGCCCUCAGGGUUGCUGCCGCGGGGACACCUGUUUCUGGGAACCGUGUCCUCUCGCGCGCGCGGCCGUCCGCCCACGGAACCCGUGGGGGCGGGGGCCAGGAGCAUGCGCACCGGCACUGCAGCGCGCGGGCGCGGAGUCGGGGCGCGGGCACGCGGGGCGGUGCGAGCGGGGCCCUCUGCCGCCCCGCUCCCAUGUACGCCUUCUACUCGCUGCUCAUCUACAUCUUUUACAGCCUCUUCCGCAGGGAUGGCGGGGCAGCGGCAGCCGCGGACGCCGGGGACCCCGCCCAGGUGAGCGGGGGGCCGCCGUCGCCCCGAAGUCGCCGUCGCCCCGACCAGCCUGCGCCAGAACUGUGGACCGAGCUGACCCGCCUAGCCGGUUGUUCGGAGUCAGAGGAUGGGCAGGCAGGGGGAGGCUUGGGCCGCCCAGCCGAGGUGUCCCUGGAAGAGGCUCUCGUGCGCCUGGCUGAAUUCCUUUCUGUCCAGCUGGGGCCGGAAGAAAGCUGCGGGAAUCCUCCCGACCUGGGCCAGCCAGCUGAUGCGCCCCCGCUGUUGGCAGUGACCAGUCAAGUCCUGGCCCUACUGGCAUGGAUUCAGAGCCCUAGGGGAAGGCAGGCCCUGCUCCAGGGGACCCAGCUAGUGCAGCCCCCAAGUCCAUAUGGAUGUCGGUCUGGAGAAGAAGGCCCUUCCCACUUUGUCCCAGGCCUGGGGCAGCAGCCCCUUCAGCCUGAGGAGGACCAGAGGGCUUGGGAGCGGCUGGAGCAGCUCAUCCUGGGACAGCUGGAAGAGCUGAAGCUGCAGGUGGAGCGGCAAGAGGAGGAGCUGAGCAGACUGCGCCUGGGGCCGGGGGCGACAGACUCAGAGAAAAGGGUGCAGCAUCUCACUCUAGAGAAUGAGGCCCUGAAACAGAGCCUGAGCCUCAUGCGAGACCUCCUGCUGCACUGGGGCCCAGGACCUGCCACCAGGACCCCACAGGAGGGUGCAGAGGCCCUGGUGGAGCUCCAGGGCCGGCUGCAGGAGGCCCAGGACACCACAGAAGCCCUGCGGGUCCAGCUGGGGGUGCAGGAGGUGCAGCUGCAGGGCCUGCAGGGGGCCCUCCAGCAGCUGCAGCAGGACACGGAGCACACCUGCAGGCAGGAGCUACAGCAGAUGCAUGGGCAGCUGGCAGGACUUCGGGCUCGGAUGGCCAGCCUGCGCCAGGGCUGCGGGGACCUCCGAGGACUGGUCAGCACCUUUGCCCAGAGCUGUCAGGGCUCACUGAGUGAGGCCCAGGGCCAGGUAUCCUGGGCCUUGGAGGCACUGUCAGCUGCAGAAGCUGGGACUCAGCCCCUGGACAGGCAGCAGGGGCCCUCUGCGGAAUGCCCAGGACGGCUGCUGGAACUCAGGGGGAACAUCCGUGUGCUGUGCCGGCUGAGGCCAGGGAUUCCUUCCAGCCUGGUGCGCACAGAGCCUGGCCCUGGAGGCACUGUCACCACCUGCUAUCGAGGGCGCCAGCGUCGUUUCUGUCUGGACUGGGUCUUUCCUCCAGAUGCCAGCCAGGAAGAGGUCUUCAGGGAGCUGGAGCCAGCUGUGUUGUCCUGCCUGGGUGGUUACAGUGUGUGCAUCUUCACCUAUGGUCAGACCGGCACAGGGAAGACCUACAGCAUGGAGGGCCCUCCUGAGGACCCCGGGAUAGCCCCUCGGGCUCUGCAGUCUCUGUUCCGGGAGAUGGGAGCUGGAAGGCAACACGGCGUGACCCUUAGCAUGGUGGAAAUCUACAAUGAAGCUGUCAGAGAUCUCCUGGCCCCAGGGCCUCCUGAGCGCCUGGCAGUGAGGCAGGGCCCAGCAGGCCAGGGGGGGGUCCAGGUGUCUGGCCUGACUCACUGGGAUGUGCCGAACCUGGAGACACUGCACCAGAUGCUGAGCCUGGGAAGGCGCAACCGUGCGACCGCUGCCACUGCCAUGAAUCGGCACAGCUCCCGCUCCCACGCUCUGGUCACGCUGCACGUGGCAUCUCCACCGCGCGCUCCAGGCAGCACAGGCACGUUGCAUCUGGUGGAUCUAGCAGGAUCUGAGCGGGCAUGGAAGGCGGGGGUGGCCGGUGCGCAGCGGGGUGACCCAGACAGCGCCCAGCGCCUGCGAGAGGCUCAGACCAUCAACCGCUCGCUGCUGGCUCUCGGCGGCGUGAUGGCUGCACUGCGGGCCCACCGCCCACACGUGCCCUUCCGUGACUCCCAGCUCACACGCCUGCUGCAGCCGGCACUGGGUCCAGGCACCACCGCCGUGCUGCUGCUGCAGAUCUCCACGCGGCCAGAGGACCUCGGAGAGACCGUCUGCUCGCUCAAGUUUGCAGAGCGAGUGGGCCAAGUGCAGCUGGGACCCGCCCGGCGCCGCAGGGCCCCACGCUCCGGAACGCCCUCCUCCCUCAGUACGGACACCCCUCUCACCGGGACCCCCUGCACUCCCACGCCAUCUCCAGGCAGCCCUCCCAGCCCCAGCCCAGACAGCGGGUCCGGUGUGGCCUUCGAGUCUCCACAGGGCCCACCCCUGUAGACCCUGUAGGUGUCCACUUGCCCAAGAGAGAAUGGGGACUCGCCUCUGCCAGCAGAGGCAGCACGGGCCUCUCAGGGCACAGCCUCCUUGGGCUUUGCUGACUCCCCACGUGCGGGGAGGGGGGGGGGCUGAGCGUUAGGCCUGGAGAAAUCAUGGCUUCUCCCCCACCCCCUGGCCUCAUCGCCAUUUGCCCUUAUCACAGCACACGGCGGGGAGCUGCCUCCAACUGGGGACCCAAGUCAGACCUGGCAUUAAAAUGAUGAAAGCUUUUA